AAUAAAAACAUGCGAGUCUCGUGCGUUCAAAAAUUUACAAACACGCAUUGCAUUUCAGUCGAUCACAUUUCAGUUGGCAAAGCAAUUUUUAGUGUCUUUUAUGUAUAACUUUAACUAGUUUUUUACUGAAUAAGUUAAGCCCGAUAAUAAGAAGCCAUGGGAAAGACUGUCAAUGGAAAUCGGGCUUCAAAAACGGGGCUAAAAAUGUCGUUGAAAAAAUUCCGCGAGCACACAAAAAAUCCUGCGAUUUUUCUAUCCGUCCAAUCAUCACAAGCGGAGAACAUAAAAAGUCUAAUCAAGUCGUUAUACGACCACGGUCACAAUCUGAAUCUGAACAAGGACAAUCAAAAAUCUUAUCUCGAUGAGUUGGUGGUGGAUGAAAUGGACGAAGAACAGAUUUGGCAGCAACUGGAACUGAAGAACGAACAACUGUUGGAAGGAGACUUGUCUAAGACCAGUAAACUUCUAUCGAUGGGAUCCAAACCCAUGUUGCUUCCUUUUCGGGAAGAAUGUGACAGUGGUGAUCAAGAGGACGAAUCUGAAGAUGAAACGGUUGACAAUACCGAGUCCAGAGCGGCAGUUAAAGGUGCACGGAAAAAGAAGGAUUCUAAAAAAGAAACCAAACAAAACAAGCGAACUAAAGGAUCCGUUAUCGAUGAUCAAUUCUUCCGACUUGAAGACAUGAAUAAAUUCUUGGAUGAAGAAGAUGAGCGCGAAAUGAGACGUCAAUCGGGUAAACCCGACCUGAAUCCACUCGUAGAUAUUGAUUAUUUCAGUGAGCAUAUCGGUGAGGAUGAAUCCAGUGAUGCAGAGAUUAAAUAUUCCGACUUUUUCGAUGAUGAUGGAAAUUAUGAAGAUGAUGAUUCUGCUGAUGGGAAUGAUCAGAGUAACGAUGAUGAUGAAGAUACGAGUGAGGAUGAUAUGGAGGACAAAAACGCUGAAUUGGAGGAAAAUGGUUCACCGAUGAAUGAAUCUGAAGAAGAUAAUUCUGAAGAUGAAGUGGAGCGAAAUCGACAGCUUCGUUUUCAGUUAUACAACAAUUCUGAAUUUUGUUUACCAGAAAACGAAAGCAUGAAGACUCCGGUAACACAAGCCGAGGCUCCGAACGAAAAAGUUGAAGAUGAAAAAAUGGAGGAGGAAGAAGAAAAUGCAAAUAAUGGUUCAAAAUCAUCAUUCGAGUUAAGACAGGAAAAACUUCAACAACGAAUUCUGAAGAUGGAAGAUCAGCUUUUGAAAGAAAAACCAUGGCAGUUGAAGGGCGAAAUAUCCGCUGAUACCCGACCCCAGAAUUCUCUGUUGGAAGAAAUUCUUGAAUUUGAGUCAACAACAAGACCAGCCCCGGUUAUAACAGAAGAAACAACAAUGCGAUUAGAAGAUAUCAUAAAACAACGAAUUAGAAAUAAGGCCUUUGAUGACGUUGAGCGAAUGAUUCGUCCUCCCGAUAACCCAAAGGAGUAUCGUAAACAAGUUGUGCUGGAUGCGGAAAAAAGCAAAGAAUCCCUCGCCCAAAUAUACGAGAAGGACUAUCUGAAGCAAUUGGAAAAAGCCAAUCCGGAUGCGGAUCAAGCUGAGGAGGAGGAGCCGAAGGAACACAAACAAAUACGAAACAUGAUGAAGACUCUGCUGGCUCAGUUGGAUGCAUUGUCAAACUUCCACUACACUCCACGUCCCGCUGUGCCCGAGUUGAAGAUAGUAACCAACACACCGGCCAUCAAUAUGGAAGAGGUUGCGCCGGUGGCAACCAGCGAUGCGGCGUUGCUCGCCCCCGAAGAAGUUCACAAUCGACCAAAGGGUGACGUUAUGAGUAAAGACGAACGGACUAAGACCGACAAGAAUCGCGAGAGGCGUCUGAAGAAACGUUUCCAGCGGGACAAAUUUGAACGACAAAACGAGAAAGAGCAGAAACUUCUCGAGAAGGGUCUCGCAUCGAAAUCGAAGGAACUGCAAGGAAAGCUGCUCAAGAAGGUUACCAAGGCCAAGAAUGUGAGCGCCAUGUCGGAAAGCAACAGCGUUUCCAAAUCUUCCGCGGCGUUCUUCAAUCGGUUGCAAGAUGAGGUCAGCACGCAAAUCAAGGGUAAGCAAGACCCCAGUAGCAAGAAAAGCAAGAAGAAUACCGAUGGAAUUAGGGCUACACACAUAAAACUGUAGUACGGAUUGUUAUUGAAUAUAUUUAUGAUAGAGAAAAGUUUGUAUGUUGUAUUUAC